AUGAAUAGACGUCAAAACACUAAGCAAAAAGCCCGAGAAUACCCUUCCAAUCAACAUGAAAUCAAAACACUCGAAGCGAUAGCGACGGCCUUUCUCAUCCUCGAUAGUCUGGCUUUAAAAACACUCAAAUACAAGGGCGACGCCGAAGACGCAGAAAAGUUUGAGAAACUUACCAAGGACUAUGUUGAUCGUAUCGAGAAUGAUCCUCUCCGAAACCUGAGGUUCGCACUGCGAGUCAGUCGGUUCGUGAGUGAUCUCGAGUUGAGCGAUCUGUUGGAUCUGAUAUCUAGACCCGUGCGCACUACGUACUACUGGGACGCGAUAUACCUUCGAGUGAACGCCUGUUACGAGGCCAAGGAUGAAGAAGACAGCCGCUACUUCACCGAUGAUCCCCCAUCAGACGAGGAGUAUGCCAAGAAAGAGCUGCGUGCUAUAGUGGAGGAGGUGCAGAAGCUAGACCGGCAUGUCAGAGAUGCGGAUGACAAGAGAUAUGCCGGGGAAAAGAUUCUCCAACUCAAAGCCAUGCUUGGUAAACUUGAUGGCGCCCUUGCGAUUGCUUGUGAAUAUUUGGGAGAUGAGCACAAGCCUCUCGCCAACUGGGAUACCACUGAUCAGCACCACGGCUUCUAUUCAUGUAAAAACAAAAUCUAUAUUUGCUUUCUCGUCCCGGUUUUCUGCGUGGUUGCUUCUAUUCCUGCUUGUGUAGCUUCAUUCAACGCAGAAGCCAUCCCCGGGAAAGCGACGGAUUCUGAUUUCUACCAACUCACAACAUCUACUACUAUCCAACUCCUUGGAAUCAGUACCUCGAUCUGGUCGAUAAUCAACGACCUUCGUCCGAAACGCGAUCUUCUGAUCAAAUGUUGGACAUAUGCCGGCAUAAGUAUUUGCUUUACCAUUGUUGCGGUUCCUCUUUAUUUAACUGUGCCGGUAUCCUGGAGUGGGCUCUUAACUUUCAUUGGAUCCUGUGUCGGCUUCAUGUCCAGGAAGGUAAUCAGUUAUGCAUAA